AUGAUAAAUUUGAGAAUUACAUUCAAUAUAAUAAUUUUAUUUAGGAUAAUUUAAUUCAUUUAAACUCUCUUCUUGUAGUUUUCGCUUCUGGUCGUCAAUCUAAAUAUAUUCAAAGGAAGGUUAUCUAAGAUGUUGUUGAAUAAUAAUUGGUUUUUUGAUGAGAAUAUGCAUAAUUCAAUUACAUCGACUUGUAGAAUACCUCAUAUUACAGAUAAAGAAUAAAUUGUAGAAAUAGUUAAGGGAUUAUAAUAUUUUAAUGGGUAGGAUUAAAUGUAAGGUAGUUUUAACUAAUUUGGAAAUAAAUAUUGUAUUUCAGGAUGGAUAAAAAUAGACACUACUCAAAUUCGUCAUUCUUCAAAAAUGCCUGUAAUUCGGAUAACAACUUUUUAAAAUUAUGGUAGUGGCAAGAAUAUUGGUGAUGAAUUGAUAAAAUUAGAGAUUGAGGUAAAUAAAAAUUUUCCAAAUAAAACAAAAUACAUUUUAACUAACAAUUUGUAUGGAUUACCUAAAUAAGGUUUAUAAAGUUAAUAUCCAGAUUUCAAUCCUAUUUUAGAUUUACUUUAUUGUUGUGAUUAUUAUUUAAAUGGUAUUCAGCAAUGGCAUUUCAUAUAAUAUGAGUAUGGUAGAUCUUAAAAACAUGAAAAAAUUUUAAUAUAGAUUAAAUUUUUUAAUGAAUUAGGAUUGCAAUCAAAUUCGAUAGGAACAAAUAAAUAUUAAUCCUCAUUCACAAAUUCUAAAUUUUAUUAUAUUUUUGGAGGAGACUACUUUUCUAGCAACAUGCUUUAGGCUUGGGUGAGUGAUUUUUAAUUCUAAUUUAAUUAUUAAAAUGAUAAACCACUAAUGAACAAUGGUAAUUUAAUAUUUUCAUCAUAUUAGUUUGUUAUUAUUCUUGUGGGACUUGUAAUGGACCUUAAUAAACAAAUUGCUUAUCUUGUAAGCCUGAUUCUAAUAGAGUGUACAUAAUUGAAGAAAAAAAGUGUUAAUGCUUAUUAGGCUACAUCGAUUAUGAUGGAUAAAUACUCUGUGUCAAAUUUGAAAAUCGCUUUCCAACAAUUUCAUAAGAGAUUGUGAUGAAUUCAGUCAAUUAAUCUUGUUAAUAUGGAUAUUUUUCCAAAACACCACAAAGGAUUUAAACUUUUUAACUUAAAAAUAAUUUAGUUUAAAAUAAUUUAACAUCGACAAAUUUAUCAGAAAUAAAUGAAUGUAUAAAAUGGUAUAAUCUAUUUUAUCUCUAGCCCUUAAGACAAUGAUAAUGAUUUAUUAUGUAUAGAUUGCUUGUAAUUUCCAAUAACUUGGUCUUAAAAACCCAUCUGCACAAAGGAUUUAAUAAAUCAUGGAUAAACAUCUGAUAGUGCUUUUUAACUAAUAUCCAGAAGCUUAAGAGAUUAUGAUUUUUAUUUCAUUGAUGAUGAAAAUUAAUUGAAACUCUAAUUAGGGUAUUUGGACUAUUGUGAUCCAGAUCGAAAAGAAGAAAAAUGUGUUUUAUCUCGAGAAAAAAAUAACGGUUAAUAUCAUUAUGUUAAUUGUAAACCUAAUUAUUACAUACUCAAUAAUGAUUGCGAAGAAAUAAAUCUAAAUUGCUUAGAAGCCUAAGACAAUGGUGAUUGUAAAAUUUGCUUAGAUAAUAUGUACCCAGUUCAAAAUAAAUGCUAUAAUUGUCCUAUUGAUUGUUAAACUUGUGAAUUCAACAAAUUAGAUAAAGAGGUUUAAUGUACUUCUUGCUAUGAUAGAUAUGCUUUAAAGAAUAAAUAAUGUUAAUUAUGCGGUUCAUAUUGUAAAAUAUGUCAAAAUUAUUAUGAUAACAAUCUAAAGUAUUCAUACCUUAAAUGUUUGAAAUGCAUUGAUAAUACUAAAUACUUUUUAUCUUUUGAUGGAGUCAGUUGUUAGGAGAAUUUAAUUGAAAAUUGCUUAUAUGCGUUUUAAUAUUUAAAAUCAAAUUCAUAAAUCAACACACUUGAUUAAUACUUUGAAGUACAGUUGGAUUAAGAAAAUAUUGUUACAACUUGUGCCAGAUGUGUGAGUAAUUCUAUACUAGUGAUAUCCUUACAAUUAUGCUUAUUUGUUGAUAAUAAUGUAUGUUUAUUUGGAUAUUCUUAAUCAUUAGUUUAGUGCGACUUAUAAUUAAAUAAUCUUGCCUAUUCAAAAGCAACUGGAAAUGUAUGUACUACUUAAUAAAUUUGUUUAAUUACUACUUCAACAGUUUCUGAUGAGGUUUAAUUUACUGAAUCAUGCUCUGAAUUUUCGUCCAUUCACUAAUGUGAAACAUGCUUAUAAGGAAAAUUUUCAGUAUCACAAUAAUAAUAGAUUUAUAUAUGUUUGAAUUGUUAAGAUGGAUAUUAUUUAGACAAUAUAAUAAGUAAAUGUUUUUUGUGUCCAUCUGAUUUGAAAUGUUAAUCAUGUUAUUAAUAACACAAAGCAUCUUAAGAUAAUUGGAAAAUAGACAUAAGAGCAUAUUAUAAAGUAUUUAUUGAAAAAGAUGAUGAACAUCCUUAUUCUUAAUAUGGUUAAAGCUCAAAUAAAGAAGAUUAUGAAAUAAAAUGCAGUCAAUGUGUUUUUGGGUAUGAACUAAUUAAUAAUCAAUGCAUUUAAUCAUGUUCUGAUAGGUGUUUGAGAUGUUAACUCAUAAAUGGGUAAAAUAUUUGUUUAAAAUGUAAACUUGGAUAAUAUGGUAGGAAAUUAACUUUAAUGAAUAAUGAAUGCAUUGAGUGCUCAUCAAAUUGUGCUUUAUGUCGAGUAAGAUCAAAUGAAGAAAUUAAAAAAAUUAAUCCUUUAUUUGAUAAUCCAAAAUAUAUUACAUAUGCUCAUUAAUGUCUCAAGAGUUAUACAGAUAAUGGAUAUACUUAUGAUUAAUAAUUAGGAAUGUUCGUAAAUUGUUUGGGUUAAGAUUUAGGAUGUUUUUUAUAGUAUAGUGUUAAUUUAAAUUUAUAUUGUUCUUCUUAAGAGUAUCAUAAUGAUAGAGAUGCUAUUUUUGAUUCUUUCUAAAGAUAACGUUUUUCACUUGAAAAUAUUUUAAUUGAUGAUUUGAUAUCUGGCUCAAGCUUUAGAGAAGUAAAGUUUAAUAUAAUUUAGUAUGAAAACGAUUUGUUUUACUUUUAAGCUAAUGAGAAAUAAAUAAAAUCUAUAAGAAUAAUAAUUCAAAGUAAAAUAAAUUAAAAAUGCAUGAUUCCAGAUCGAUCAAAGAUUUAAUAAGUCUUUAGUGAACACAUAUUUUCGGCUAUGUAUAUUUUCCCCUUAUUAAUAGCAAUGUUGAAUUAGAGUUAAACUUUCUUUAUGAAAUACAAUUUGUAUAUGAAAGGAUAUUGUAAUUUUUGAAUUUCAAUUCCAUUAAAAUAAGCAACCUAAAAUUAAUUCCAUAAUCUAGUGAUAAACUAAAAGAAAUAAUUUUCACAAGUUGUUUUCCUCUUAACAUAGAGUUAAAUAAUAUCUAAUUCUCUUCAGAUAAAUUAAUGACUCAAUCAUAAAUAAUAUUUCUGAAUGUUUCAUCACUAACUAUAAAUAAAUUCAUAAUUAGCGAUCUUAUUCUUGAAAAAAGUGAAGCUUUCAUAAUAAUUGCUUAAACUGAAUUUUAAAAGAUAAUUUAGAUAAAUGAUUUUUAAUUUUUGAAUUCCAAACUUAAUGGAAUAAACCUUUUACAUCUUGAAUUAGANGGGAAUUAAUCACACCUUUCUUUUAUACUAGCUUCUUCUUUUUAAUUUACUUUAUUGCCUUCAAAAUUGGAUAUGCUAUUUUCAAUAAAAGUGUCAUAACAACUACACUCAUUUAUAUCUACAUCUAUUUAUAACCAACAUUAAUUGGUGGAUUGA